UUGUCAGAGAAGAAAAGUUUUGAUAUAAGAGAUUUUUAUUUUUUUAUAUGAUUUUUUUUCAAUUUGUGUUUCAAGACAUUGAAUGAAUAUUAAAUUUGCAAAUAUGCUUGGAAUUAAGUCCCAUUGCUCUAAAACCUUUAAAAGAACAAAUUUCGCAAAACGUUUCAAAAUUCUUUUGAAUUCUGAAAUUGGGAGUGCUCAAAAUAUUCAAAAUUUUUGCAAACCUUUAACAACCACCAAAUCGGUUAAGGCAACUCCCCCGGUCUCACAAUUGCCCACAACAGUUGGUGGAGGUUCGAGUGCAACAUAUGUUGAGGAUAUGUAUCGGGCGUGGCAACGUGAUCCAACCUGCGUUCACACGUCUUGGGAUGCCUAUUUCCGCUCUGGUGUCUAUGAACCCGUACCUCACGAAUCACAUCCCCAACGUGAUUUAAUGCCCUUGUCUCAAUUCUGUGCUGGCGGCGGUGGUUUAGCUCAAAAAGCCAUUGAUGAUCAUAUUCUGGUUCAUGACAUUAUCAGAAGUUAUCAAACUCGUGGUUUUUUAGCUGCAAGUUUGGAUCCUUUGGGCAUUGUUACGCACAACAAGACCAUAACCAAAUGUGGCGUGGAAUUGAAUGCCAAUGAAAAUGUUUUCAUUAAAGGAGAUUUCUUUAAGGAUGAAAGAAAUUUAGACCAAACAUUUAAAUUGGCCGGUACAACGACUUUUAUAGGUGGAGAUGAAAGGGAAUUGACUUUUCGUGAAAUCCUAAAACGCUUGGAAAAAAUUUAUUGUGAUACCAUGGGCAUUGAGUACAUGUAUAUCUUUUGCUCCAAAAAGAGAGCCUGGAUCAGAGAGCGCAUUGAGAAGCCAGGACAAUUACAAAUGCCAGCUGAAAAGAAGAAAUUAAUUUUAUCGCGUCUCAUAAGAGCCACUGCUUUUGAAAAUUUCUUGGCCAAAAAAUGGUCCUCCGAAAAACGUUUUGGCUUGGAGGGCUGUGAGGUGUUAAUACCCUGUUUGAAGGAAGUCAUUGACCGUUCCUCGGCAUUGGGUGUAGAGUCCUUUAUUAUUGGUUUAGCUCAUCGAGGACGCCUAAAUACAUUGGCCAACAUAUGUCGGAAACCAUUGCAUCAAAUAUUUGCCCAAUUUAGGGUGUUAAAGGCAGAUGAUUCGGGCUCCGGUGAUGUUAAAUACCAUUUGGGAACCUACACGGAGCGUUUGAAUCGCAUUACCAAUAAAAAUGUUCGCAUCGCCUUGGUAGCCAAUCCUUCGCAUUUGGAAGCAGUCAAUCCUGUGGUCAUGGGCAAAACCAGAGCCGAGCAAUUCUACAGAGGCGAUUCAGAGGGUCGCAAAGUUAUGUCUAUACUCAUACAUGGAGAUGCUGCCUUCUGUGGCCAGGGUGUGGUCUAUGAAAGUAUUCAUCUGUCCGAUCUGCCCUCGUACACAAAUCAUGGCACCAUUCACAUUGUCAUUAACAAUCAAGUGGGCUUUACCACUGAUCCACGUUUUCAUCGUUCGUCGCCUUUUUGCACGGAUGUAGCACGUGUGGUGAAUGCUCCCAUACUGCAUGUCAAUGCCGAUGAUCCUGAGGCGGCGGUAUUUUUAAGUGGCCUGGCAGCCGAAUGGAGAGCCACAUGGCACGAUGAUAUUGUGGUGGAUUUGGUGGGCUAUCGUCGCAACGGUCAUAAUGAGGCCGAUGAGCCAAUGUUUACCCAACCUUUGAUGUAUCAAAAAAUACGAAAACACAAACCUGUGCUGCAAUUGUAUGCGGAGAAGUUAUUGCAAGAGAAAAUUAUAACAUCGGAAGAGUUGAAGGCCACCAUUGAGGAAUAUGAUGGCAUACUGGAGGAGGGAUUCAAGGAGUCGGAUAAGGAACAGAUCAUAAGGUACAAAGAUUGGAUUGAUUCUCCUUGGUCUGGCUUCUUUGAUGGCAAAGACCGCAUGGAAAUGGCUCCCACCGGUGUUAAGAAGGAGAUUUUAAUGCACAUAGCCAAGAAGUUUUCUUCACCACCUCCACCGGAAAUACAAUUUGAAAUACAUAAGGGUCUCGAACGCAUCCUCCAGGGCCGCCAACAAAUGGUCAAGGAGUGUAUGGCCGAUUGGGCUUUGGGUGAAGCCUUGGCCUAUGGCACCCUACUCAAGGAAGGUGUUCAUGUUCGUCUAUCGGGAGAAGAUGUUGAACGUGGCACAUUUUCACAUCGCCAUCAUGUGUUGCGUCAUCAAUCGGUCGAUAAGGCCACCUAUAACACCCUGGCCCAUCUCUAUCCAGAUCAGGCCACCUACACUGUGUGUAACAGCAGUCUUAGUGAGUAUGCCCUCCUAGGCUUUGAGCAUGGCUAUUCCAUGAGUAAUCCCAAUGCUUUGGUCAUGUGGGAGGCUCAAUUUGGAGAUUUCUGCAAUACAGGCCAGGCAAUUUUUGAUCAAUUCAUAUCCAGCGGUGAAAUGAAAUGGGUUCGCCAGUCCGGCUUGGUGGUGCUAUUGCCCCAUGGCAUGGAAGGUAUGGGCCCUGAACAUUCAUCAUGUCGUCUAGAGCGUUUCCUACAAAUGUGUCAUGAUGAUCCUGAUAUUUUGCCCUGCCAUUGUGAUGAUGUGGCAUUAAGGCAACUAAAUGACACCAAUUGGAUUGUGGCGAAUUGUACAACUCCAGCGAAUUUGUUUCACAUAUUGAGGCGACAAAUUGCCUUGCCGUUUCGUAAACCUUUGAUUUUGUGUACCCCAAAGUCAGGAUUAAGACAUCCCCUGGCAAGGAGUCCAUUUUCAGAUAUGUCGGAAUGUACAGCAUUCAAACGCAUUAUAGUCGAUGAAGGACCAGCUUCCGAAAAUCCUGAUUGUGUUAAGAAAGUGGUUUUCUGUUCGGGCAAAGUUUAUUUUGACUUGUUCAAAGCAAGAGCGGACAAGAAAGCCGAAAGCCAAAUAAGUUUGAUUCGUGUUGAGCAGAUUUGUCCCUUUCCCUAUGAUUUAAUACGAGAUGAGAUUUUAAAAUAUAAAAAUGCUGAAGUUUUAUGGGCUCAGGAGGAGCAUAAGAAUCAGGGUGCCUGGACCUAUGUACAACCACGCUUUCAAACAGCCAUGGCAAAAGAUGAAGCUUUACAAAUUCAAUAUCAUGGUCGUCCCACUGCUGCUGCCCCAUCGACGGGCAAUAAAAUGCAACACGAACGUGAGUUACAUGAUUUCAUCGUCAGCAUUUUUGGUGAGUUGACUGCUGCCGAAAAGGAAGUCUUGAAGAAAGAAGAAGAAGCGAGAAUAGCCAAAGCAAAGGCCGAAACAGAACAAAAAACGAAAGCAGCCGCCACAAUUGAAAAGUCCCAAAACCCAUCGGCUGCGUCUAAACCCAACAACAAAAGGAAGUGAUUUUUAUAGAAAUACAAAUUUAAAUGAAAUGCAAAAAUUUAAAAUGAUUUAGCUCAGAUUUAUGAUACCUUUUGCAAAUCCUUUAUAUCCAAAAAAAUAUAUAAACAUGA